CAUACUUUGGUUCCGGACUCCAAAUUCUUCAAUACGUCCAUUCCCACAGCAUAUCAUUUAGUCCAGAGGCCACACUUUCCCCAUUUUACCUCUCCAAAACCUUCAAUCCUUUCUAACAACAAUGGCCGCCGCCGCACCUCCGCCGCCACCAUCACCAGCUCCCUCCGCUAUCUCCGAAGACCUUCUCCCAACCAGUCACAAUCUAUUUUCCCGAAUCCGACUCGCUAAAAUCGCCGACGUUCCCCAUAUUCACAAACUCAUCCACCAAAUGGCCGUUUUCGAACGACUCACUCAUCUCUUCUCCGCCACCGAAUCUUCACUCUCCUCAACUCUCUUCCCCCCAAACCCCCCUCAACCAUUCACCUCAUUCACCGUCUUCCUUCUAGAAGUUUCCAGAACACCUUUCGUCUCAAUUGACCAAAUUAACCCGAGUUUCGACCCGGUUUAUAAAACCGUAAUGAUUGAUGUCCCGAUUAAUGACCCGGAAGCGGAGUUGUUUAAAUCGGGCGCUGGUGGAGGUGGAAAUGACAUUGUUGUUGCUGGUUUUGUUUUGUUUUUUCCGAAUUACUCGACGUUUUUAGCGAAACCGGGGUUUUACAUUGAGGAUAUUUUUGUGAGGGAGUGUUAUAGGAGGAAGGGUUUUGGGAAGAUGUUGUUGUCCGCAGUAGCGGCGCAGGCAGCGAAAAUGGGGUAUGGGAGAGUGGAAUGGGUGGUAUUAGAUUGGAAUGUGAAUGCGAUUAAGUUCUAUGAGGAGAUGGGUGCGGAAGUUAUGAAGGAAUGGAGGGUUUGUAGGUUGACUGGUGAGGCUCUUCAAACGUUUGCAAAUGUUAACAUUUAAGGGGCAACGCGGUGCACUAAAGCCAGAUUAUAAGGAUCUAUUGUAAGCAGAAUUAACAUUUUGAGUUUAGUUGUCUUUAGUUUUAUGCUUGAUACUCCGUUGUUAUGCGUGGAUGUAUGAGAUGUAACGGUAGUAUGGGAUGAAGAUUGUGAGUGUUUUUGGUAAAACUUAAAUAAAGAAUUUUAUGUGUUUUCGGUA